ACAAAAAUAAAUAAAUAAAUGAGAAGGUUCAUGAGGAAGCUAGCCCGUGGACAUCUUUAUUUGCUACCACCUCGCUGCUAGCUGCUACUGCCGCCGCCGCCGCUGCCGCUACCGCCACCUUAACAAAACGCAUAAUCUUUCAUUUUUAUGAAGUGGGUAUUGAAUUUGUGAAUAAAAGAUGGGAAGAUGAAGAACUAAAUGGCGGCGCCUUAAGAACAUAAAGAAAAAUGGGUUGAGCAUAAUAAUAGUAUUGUAAUAUCACAAAUAUUUUUCAAAAUUAACCAUAAAUUUCGAGCUAAUUACAUUUUGAUCCAUAAAUUUCUUAUUUAUUUUCACUUAACAAAUUUACGUAUUUCCUUGCAAUGUAAACAUGGCUAACGCAAAAAAUUCUCCCAUUGCGCCGGCUUCUACUUCUGCAAGCAAUCGCCCAUCAGGCAGAGGCUAUAAUGGACGCUUCUCCAGAUUUAGAGGGAGGAAAAUGGUUAGUGAUAGUAUUCAUUCAGCUUUGGCAUGUGAUGACAUCCUCACCGAAAUCCUCCUUCGUUUACCGGAGAAACAUGUUUUCAAAUUUAUACUCGUGUCGAAAAAAUGGCUAUACCUGAUCUGUGAUUUACCUUUCCGCCGUUGUUACGAGAUGCAAUGGGGCACACACAGUCGUCUUUUUGGCUUUUUUGUAUGCAAUCUUCUUUACAUCGACAGACCACAAGGCGGGUUGAGGCGCCCGCGGUAUGAGCCUGCUCUACCUCUACUUUCAACAUGUAAAGAAGGUGAUGAUUUAAUGUCAUCUGGAUUCUUAAGGAAGCUUGGCUAUUUUAUUGACUACUCUGAUGGCCUUGUGCUCUGCGGCCGACAUCCUAAGAAUUAUUAUGUCUGGAAUUCUGUCACGAAGUAUCGAUGCCUUCUUCCUCAACCCCGAAAGCAUUAUAAAUGUCUAUGUAUCGCGUUCAUCACUGAAAACCAUCGUGAAGCUGACAGAGAUAUGGUAUAUAGAAUCAUUCGGGCGAGCUGUGAAUGCAAAGUUGAUGUUAUUAACACCAUCUCAAUAGAGACUUUCUCCUCACUGACUUGGACAUGGAAGCAAUCCACUCUUGUUUGUUCUUCAGAUUUUUCUUUGAGCCCAUGGACGGUGGGUACUGUGAUCGACCGAGUUAUAUACUGGUUCGGAACAUAUCGAAGCUUAGCCAUUUAUGAUCCAGGAUUCGGAGAAAGGAGCAUAAACUCGAUCAAGCUACCGGUUGGUCAGCUGACUUACGACUAUGAGGACUCCAUUUUAGGAGAGUCAUCUGAUGGGCUUUUGCAGUAUGGUCAAAGUGGAAAGAUGGGGUUGGAGAUAUGGAUUCUGCUCAUGGAGCAAGCUAUGGUUACCGAUCGAUACGAGUACCGGUGGACGUUACGACACAGACUGAGCAGCAAAGAGAUGUCGAAACAGAACCCGAAUUCAGGUAUUCGUACUAAAGAACCUCAAGUAUUAUCGUUCAUUUAUCGAAACUCGGAAUCUGUUUUCAUUAGAUUGGGAUCGAACAUCUACCUUUGUAAUAUCAGAAGCAAAACACUGGCUGUGAUUCCUUACCACUGUGAUGGUGUUUCUAUCCCAUGGGAUUCUUGUAAAGUGGUGCCUUACUUUCAGAAGAUAUGGCCUUAUUCCCCUUUCCCUGACCCCUCAAACACUCUUAAUAAUUGAUAUCAACCAUGAGAUGCCUGUUCUGUUGCCAA